ACACUUCAGUUACUCUGGGGGUUUCGCCUAAGGCUGUUCUUCAACGUUUGGGCUGUUGAAGAAACUUUAAAAUUUUUAUAUGCAGCAAAAAUAAAUUUAGUAUUCAACAGGAAGUGACCAAAAAGAAACUCCACCCCUGCGAUUGCAUGACUAACAUAAGGUUUCUCGUGAGCAGACAGCAGCAGUGGACACUGUAAUUAGCAUCAAACUGAUUUACAUCGUAAGGACCAAGAUGGGGAAUCUUCAUCUCUCUUUAAUGCUCGUCGGUGUUCUUAGAGCUUCUCUGCUGGCUGAUGGCGCUAACAUGCGUCUCAUUGGUGGCACCGACUCCUGCUCUGGUAGAGUGGAGAUCCUGUAUAAUGGUCAGUGGGGAACAGUGUGUGAUGAUGCCUGGGACCUGAAAGAUGCAGAGGUGGUGUGUAGACAGCUUGGAUGUGGUAAAGCGGUCACCGCUCAUCAAAGUGCCCACUUUGGUCAGGGAAGUGACCCAAUAUGGCUGGAUGAUGUUCAGUGUUCUGGAAGUGAAAGCUCCAUCACACAGUGCUCUCAUAAUGGAUUUGGAUCACACAACUGCAACCAUGGUGAAGAUGCUGGUGUUACUUGCUCAGGUAACAUACGACUCAUUGGUGGCAGUCACUCCUGCUCUGGUAGAGUGGAGCUCAUUGGGGAUGGCCAGUGGGGAACAGUGUGUGAUGAUGACUGGGACCUGAAUGAUGCAGAGGUGGUGUGUAGACAGGUUGGAUGUGGUAAAGCGGUCACCGCUCAUCAGAGUGCCCACUUUGGUCAGGGAAGUGACCCAAUAUGGCUGGAUAAUGUUCAGUGUUCUGGAAGUGAAAGCUUCAUCACACAGUGCUCUCAUAAUGGAUUUGGAUCACACAACUGCAACCAUGGUGAAGAUGCUAGUGUUACUUGCUCAGUUCGAGAGAUCAGGCUGAUGAAUGGUCCGAGUAACUGUUGUGGUCGAGUGGAGAUCCAGCACAGAGCCCAGUGGGGAACAGUGUGUGAUCAUCUCUGGGACUUAAAGGAUGCAGAGGUGGUGUGUAGACAGCUUGGAUGUGGUAAAGCCAUCAGUGCUCCUGGAAAUUCCAAAUUUGGUCAGGGAAAUGAACCAACCUGGCUGGAUGAUGUUCAGUGUAAAGGAACUGAGAGCUACAUAGAUCAGUGUUUACACAGGGGAUUUGGAGUAGAGAACUGUGGACAUGAUGCAGAUGCAGGUGUCGUGUGUUCAAACAUGCAGAGUCCCACACUGACUCGGAUCUCCCCAAACUCUGUGGUCUCACCUGGAGAAGUUCUUCAGUUCACAUGUACCACACCCAGUCCAACAUGCAUCUCUGUAGACUUCAGUUUCUAUAAAACUGGGACAUUAAUAAAGAAUCAAACUGCAGAGACUACAACAACAUUUAAUCUGACUGUAGAUGAAUCACAUCAGGGUCAGUACACCUGUGACUACUCCUACAGGGAAAGUGACUCCACAUCAUCCAGGAGCAACUCUAUUACCAUCACUGUGGUGAACUUGCAGCAGCCCAAUAUCUCCUUCAGUGCUGCUGAUGGAUGGUCCCACUAUGGGCCUGAAGGACCAGAAAUGAUCAGGGGCUAUGGCUUCUCCAUCAUCUGCUCCACUGAACCUCAGUAUCCAGGAGGUUCUUUCCACUUGGGGUUCAGUGGAUCCAACAUCACCAGAACUCAGUCAGCUGUUAACCACUCAGCCGUCUUCCUUUUUCCUGAAGCAGAUUUUGAUCAUCAGGGAAACUACAGCUGUACUUAUGAAGUUAACGUGUCUUCACGUACCUGUACCUCCACUCCCACUGAAGCCCUUUUCGUCACUGUGAAAGCAUCUCUGGCUCCCUACAUUGGUAUUGGAGUAGCAGGAGGACUGCUUCUCAUGUUAGUUCUACUCAUCAUUUGCUUUGUGAAGACACAGAAAAGACGGAAAUGUCAGAAAGAGAUGAAGAAUGAUUCACAGCGUGCCAAAAACACAUACGAGUUUCCCCAAGCGGAGAUUGAGACAGAUGAUGAAGAAGCUUAUGAAAACAUGGAAACGAUUUUCUACCAGAAGGAUGAUUCGGAGGACUUGGAUAACGACUACAUUAAUGUCGAGGCUGAUGAAAAAAGAAGUGAUGCGGAUUAUGCUGUGGAACAGAUACGUGACACGGACAAUGACUAUGAAGAUGCAGAUAUUUAUGCAAACUAUUUAUAGUAGUGUGGAGAACUAAAUGAUUAUCCAAUAUCCAUCAUGGUUUACAUAAAGUGAUUUAGGUACAGACACAAGUGCAGGUGAUCUGUGUUUAUUAAAAAGGUAGCAAACAAAACAGAUACAUAAUCCCAGGGCAAGUCAAGACAAGGCAAGGGUCAGACAAUGAACAGUUUUAAUCAGAAACUAAACCAAAGUGGCAAAUCAAGAGGUGCUAAAAUGGUAGACUCUUAGCCAGACUAGAUGCUGUAGUACAUGCAAAAGUAGCAGACUUUGUUGCAGUGCCUUUUGCAUUUACAACAGCAAAAGGUUCAAAUAAAAAAGGUUGUACUACUGCACUACUUAAGGGGUGUGUACGCUUAUGCAAACAGGUUAUUGUAAAUUCAUUCCUUUUUUCUCUGAAACAUUUUUAUUUGUUUCUCACUUCAGUUUUGUUAGUUACUAUAGUCACAUGAAAGGAGGACAUAGAUGUGACAUGAUUUAUCUUGUUUCAUUAUUAUUAUUAUUAUUAUUAUUAUUAUUAUUAUUAUUAUUAUUAUUAUUAUUUUACAAUAUUAAUAUUUCUCACAAUAUUAAUAUUUCUCACCUGUAACUGUAAAUAAAGUGUCUUUAGACUUUUAUUAUCUACUAUAUUAGAGUUAUCGUCAGGGGCUCCAUCAUUGUGCAUGUCCUGUAGCUCUACCUGGACCCCAAGACAGAUUGUGUAACCACGUUAAUCCUUUAUAGCAAUAUCUCUGCUCUUUUGGCAGGUUUAAGUUGUAACUUCUGUAUGUAGCACACUCAGUGUAUUCAUUUGAAUGUUCCUGUAUGGAGUGUAUUUGGUGUUGCACAAGCAAUGUUUGGAACUUUAUAUACACAAAUGUACAUACUUUGUAUACUAAUGUGUUCCCCCAUUCUAGAAACUUCUCUAAUAGAAUGUUUAUAUUUGGAUGAUUAACUGCAUGGGUUGGGUGAAUCCCAAGUGGGUAUGUUAGCUAAUGAGAAGUGGGAAAGAGAGAGGUAGGAAAGAUAGAAGGAUGUGAUGUGUCGGAGAGUGGCGUUUUCAUAAAAAGCAGUUUAAGCGUUCACUGUCUGUUCUAAAGAUUGUGUUGUAGAACAGACCGUGUGAUGCGUUAGUUGGUAUUCCAUUUUCUUAGCAAGCUAUUUCAUGGAUGCUAAUCGCUACGCUAAUAUGUUACCGCUAGUGUGAUAGAUGGACCUCGUAUAGAGUUUGUUCUCACAUGCCUCAACAAUACAGAGUGCAUUAUUGUUUAUUUUGAGAAAAUCUACUGAAUAAUUGUGAUUAUUAUUAUUUUAUUUUUUAAACUGUAUUUAAUUUGUUUAGAUGUUUGAACUGAACCAGUUGAAUUCAUUGUUUUGAAUAUGAUUGAUUAUUUUUCUGUACAAUUAUUAAUAUUGUUUCAUUUGGUUCAUGGGUUCUGUCUACUAUAAUUUAGUGUAAUUUAAAGUGUAAUGUUUUGCAGAAACAUUUACUGAACAUUUGAUUUUGUUGAGUUAGUGAGUUAGUUUUAUUAGACGAUUUUUAGGUAAUGGGACUUUAUAAAUACUAUAAUUUGAUUUCCCUUUCUUGACCUAUUUUAUUAAUAAAUUCAAUUUGUGUUAAUCCUUAAAAGUCUUUCUGGUGUUGGAAUUUGAUCUCUAAAACUAUU